GACGGCGGCCGCCAUAUUGGCGGAGCCCUGUGGCUGCGCGGACAAGCCGCGGUUCCGGAAAGGGGGGGUGUGGGGGAAUUGGGAUUCGUAGCUUCCAUACUCAUCCACCCCCUUCUGGGUGCCUUUUUUCUGUCCUGCGAGGAGCAGGCGGGUCAUGGCUGAACCAAACCACCCGUGAAAGAAGGGGUGUUGUGGGGAUGCCGCAGCGGCUCAGGCAGCUGGAGAAUCCGUGGCAGAAAAUGGAGAUGUAUGUGACCAGCAGCAGCAGUAGCAGCGAGUUAAAUGGAAUGAAGAUUAUGGAUGAGCCGAUGGAUGAGCCAAUGGAUGAAGAAGAGUCUUUAUUACCUUACGAUGAAGGAAAUGUAGAAGAAAUUCAAAUUACUCACCAUGUAAAGGAAGGAUGCGAGAAAGCAGAUCCAGCACAGUUUGAGUUACUCAAGGUUCUUGGGCAGGGAUCUUUUGGAAAAGUUUUCCUUGUAAGAAAAAUCAUUGGACCUGAUGCUGAACAACUUUAUGCAAUGAAAGUGUUAAAAAAGGCCUCAUUAAAAGUAAGAGACAGAGUACGAACAAAGAUGGAAAGAGAUAUCCUUGUGGAAGUAAACCAUCCAUUCAUUGUUAAGUUGCACUAUGCCUUUCAAACUGAAGGGAAGUUAUAUCUCAUUCUGGAUUUUCUCAGGGGAGGAGAUGUAUUCACACGGUUAUCCAAAGAGGUUAUGUUUACAGAGGAAGAUGUGAAGUUUUACCUGGCAGAACUGGCUCUUGCUUUGGACCAUCUUCACAGCUUGGGAAUCGUGUACAGAGAUCUGAAACCAGAAAACAUUUUGCUUGAUGAAGCAGGACAUAUCAAGUUAACAGACUUCGGCCUCAGUAAAGAAUCUGUGGAUCAUGAAAAAAAAGCCUAUUCAUUCUGUGGUACAGUAGAGUAUAUGGCACCAGAAGUUGUUAACCGGCGAGGUCACACACAAAGUGCUGACUGGUGGUCAUUUGGUGUUCUAAUGUUUGAGAUGCUCACUGGUACAUUGCCUUUCCAAGGCAAGGAUCGGAAUGAAACUAUGAAUAUGAUCCUGAAAUCCAAGCUUGGAAUGCCACAAUUUUUAAGCACUGAAGCCCAAAGCCUAUUAAGGAUGUUGUUUAAAAGAAAUCCUUCAAAUAGAUUAGGUGCUGGCUUGGAUGGUGUCGAAGAAAUCAAGCGACAUCCAUUUUUUGCAACUAUUGAUUGGAAUAAAUUGUAUAGACUGGAAAUACAACCUCCAUUUAAACCCGCAUCCGGAAAGCCAGAGGACACCUUUUGUUUUGAUCCAGAGUUUACAGCAAAAACACCUAAAGAUUCUCCAGGAGUCCCACCCAGUGCUAAUGCCCAUCAGCUUUUUAAAGGCUUUAGCUUUGUUGCUACGUCUGCUGUUGAAGAACAUAAGAUCUCUUCUAUUGCAAAUGUCUUGCCAAUUGUACAGCAAUUUCAUGGAAGCAGAGCUCAAUUUACAGAUGUUUAUGAUCUCAAAGAAGAUAUUGGCGUUGGUUCCUAUUCUGUAUGCAAACGCUGUGUCCACAUAGCAACAAAUAUGGAGUUUGCUGUUAAGAUCAUAGAUAAAAGUAAGAGAGAUCCGUCAGAAGAGAUUGAAAUUCUAAUGCGUUAUGGACAGCAUCCAAAUAUUAUAACAUUAAAAGAUGUGUACGACGACAAUGGCAGAUAUGUUUAUCUCGUUACGGAGCUGAUGAAAGGAGGAGAAUUGCUUGAUCGGAUACUUAGGCAGAAAUAUUUUUCAGAACGUGAAGCCAGUGCUGUGCUGUACACCAUCACCAAAACUGUAGACUACUUACACUGUCAAGGAGUUGUUCACCGUGACCUUAAACCCAGCAACAUUCUCUACAUGGAUGACUCUAGCAACGCAGACUCUAUAAGAAUAUGUGAUUUUGGGUUUGCCAAGCAACUGCGGGGAGACAAUGGUCUGCUUUUGACGCCGUGUUACACUGCCAAUUUUGUGGCACCUGAGGUUCUAAUGAGGCAAGGAUAUGAUGCUGCAUGUGAUAUCUGGAGCCUAGGUGUCCUGCUGUAUACAAUGUUAGCAGGCUAUACUCCUUUUGCCAACGGACCCAAUGAUACCCCUGAGGAAAUCUUAUUGCGGAUAGGCAGCGGAAACUUCUCACUUAGUGGAGGGAACUGGGACACUGUUUCAGAGCCUGCAAAGGACUUAUUAUCCCAUAUGCUUCAUGUCGAUCCUCAUCAGCGAUAUACAGCUAAGAAAGUUUUAAAACAUUCCUGGAUUGCAUGUAGAGAUCAGCUUCCACAUUACCAACUUAACAGACACGAUGCACCUCAUCUUGUAAAGGGAGCAAUGGCUGCAACAUAUUCUGCUCUGAAUCAAAAGACGUUUCAACCCAUUCUUGAACCUGUUGCAGCCUCCAACUUAGCACAGCGUCGCAGUAUGAAAAAGAGAACUUCAACAGACUUGUAGCUCAUUUUCAAGCUUCGUUGCCAAAUUGAAGCUUGGGAGAUGUAUUCCCAGCCUGUGGUUGAAAGGCAGUUAAAAUCUGUAUUACUUGAAUAUUAUGUAUAUGUCUCUUAUGGAAGACACAUUUUUGUUUUGAUUCAUUCUGUGCUUUUUGUAAAGCUAGUGAUUUUUAUUUAAAUAUAUCAGGGUACAUACGGCAGAACGGCAACAUUUUUCUGAACCCAAUUAAACUAGAGAGAGAUGUUGCUUUUCUGACUUUUUUUUGACAGAGGUUAAACAAGAAGCUGGUUUUAAUUCUUCCUUCUCUGCACAAAUACCUGGUCUCAUACCGUUAAAAAUGUGAUUGGUGGAGCAGAUCUGUGCCCUAAUUUGUACAUCUAAUGGAUACUGGGGGCUUAAUCCCACAUAUUGAUUUUUUCCUGAAAUAGUGGGUGCUGUAAAAGCCUGGUUAUUAUAUCUCUGCUUUAUGGAAACCUUUGCUUCUUAGCAGGCUGCCAUACGUGAAAUCUGCUACCUAGCGCUUGCUCCUUUCCCCUAAGAUUCAAAGAGUUUUUCUGCACAAGACUUUGCUGUGGAGUUGCAGUAGUUUAAAUUGUCCAUGGGUUAAACUGUACAUAAAUAUGUUGUAUUAUGUUUGUACCUGUUGUACUAAUGGCUCAAUAUUUGUUUUUGUUAUGUUGAAGGUACCAUUCAUUGCUUUUUUUUACCAAGUAGGUUAAAUUAUAUUUUUGUAGAACUGAAUAUUAUUAAAAACCAAAAUAAAAAUCAAGAACCUGGCUUGAAAAUGUAAAAUGUUAGCUAGUUAUAGCUGUCUGUUACAUAAAGAAAAAAGUCAGGAUAGCGACGGGAGUUUUGAAACAAUAAGGGUAGGAAUACAGAGUUUUUUUCGGCGCGAUCCAACGCGCUGCGACAAAUCGCAUGCGACUGAAAUAAGGUAAGCGAAUGCAUUGUCCAAUGAAGUUGCAGCGUUGAUCCAACGCGACACGACUGUCAGAUGAAGACUCUGCGUCCGACAGUCGUGUCUCGUCAGAUCAACGCUACAACAUCAUUCAACAUUUCUCUCUUGCCUUAUUUCUGUCGCAUGCGAUUUGUCACAUUGCGUCGGUUUGCACGGAAAACGUAUGUGUAGUCCUACCCUUACACUGGACAGAGGCUGACCAAGUUAUAACACAGACGCAGUCUCUCCCCACUAGUUAAUGAACAUUUGUGUGUGUGCAUAUAUAUAUAUAUAUAUAUAUAUAUAUAUAUAUAUAUAUAUAUAUAUAUAUAUAUAUAUAUAUAUAUAUAUAUAUAUAUAGUCAUUCUGUCUCUGUAAGUAGCCGUGUUGGUCUAUCAUAAUGGUGUUUUUGAGUUGUUUCAGAGGGUCACCUAGCAUUGUCUUUUACAUCAAAAGAGAUGUCUCUGCUGCCUAAAACUUCAGGCUUUAACUCUUCUAGCUGAUUAUUUUCAACUGCAUGUUUUUACUUUUGUGAUGUGCCCCCAUCUUAAAAUAUGUAAGUAUUAACCUAAACACUUAAGUGAUUAAUACUUUCUGCAUAUCCCUGAUUAACCUCAAAAUAUGUAAGGGAAGUCUAUGCAAGGGCCUCUAUAGCUAAACGGUUUCUCUGCUGGCGACUGCCUUCAUGGGGUGGAUGCACAUUUUCCAGCAGAAAUCCGUCCCAUAUGCACAGUGACAAGGGGAUUGCAUUCUUAUUACUGGAGACAUACAGGGUAUAGUAGGUUCCCUGCAAAACCGCUGUGCAACAUAAGCCUUAGAAAUUUAGUUUGCAGAGAGCCACUCCUAAUUCAGAUGGUGUCCAGAGUUGUUUGGAAAAAAACAUAAAGUUUUAAAUUGUAUAGAAUGUAUCUGUUUUCUGAUGUUUUGCUUGAAUGUUACUGCCUGCAAGAAUACCAUAAUGCGUGUUGUACUCUAUAUAUUGUUCCUCGUGCCAUUUGUUUUGAAUGUUUAGGGGCCAAAUGUAUGUUUUAUGUGUUUGCGUUAUUUAAAAUACUUGAAAGAUAUCAAGGGCUUUUAUUGUUUGGAAAUGCAAGAUCUGAUCUGUGCACCUUUGAAAACUGUGAGAAAGUGUUUUAUUGAUUACGUCUGUAUUGAUCUGUCUGUAGAGCAAGACCCCACAAGUCAUCUUUAAAAUGAUGUAUACCUGAAUACUGUGUUUUUGGUUAUAUUUUAAUGACCAGUUAUAUUGGAGAUUUCAGAGAAGUAGAAUUGUUCAUCAGGUUACAAAUGCUUUAGACACCUUCCCCUUAUUAAAUCUGCUUGCUGAAACUAGUGUUUAUUUUUAAACAAAAAAAAGAGGCAAAUCAUUGCUCAAAUACACCGGGAUCGGAUAUUCACUUGGUGGUGCCUUACAAGGCACUGGGACACUGAACGAAUCCUUGUAAGGGGCAUUGUCCAGAACUCUGUUUUUAAUCAAUGUAUAAAUGAUCUGCUUCAUUACCCAGAUAUCGGCUGUUUUUACUCAGACCUGCCAAGACAGAUGGGCUAAAGAAUGUUUACAGGAAAGUGAACUAGUUGACUUGCUUUGGUUAUGCCUUUAAAUUCUAGCUGUUAUCUUCAGAACCUGCUAGAAAUGAAAUGGCUAACUAAUGGUGUUCUAUUCAAACCUAAAACCCAACCCAAUGGCUUAUUUUCAGCGUUUAUUUUUAAUAUAGUUGUUAGCGUGUUGGUUUGGGUCUCUGAGACCCUUAAAUGAUAUAAUGAAUGCACUGAAGAUAAGAUGUUAGGUGUGGUCUCUGUUUAUAUAUAAUGUACACAUAUAUGGAAGAGCAGCACUGAAAGGAGCUAAUGUAGUAAGUGUCCUUACAUUGACUGUCUACUAAAGAAAUUAUCAAUAGGCGGACUUUUUAUAGUGAGGGAAGGUAGAAAAUAUAAAUUAAGCGGCCAAUCUCCAAUACUAAUUUUUCUAACCAAGUGUUGACAAUGGUAGCCAAUGAAUAAAAAAAACUAUCAAGCAUUUCAUAUUUAACAAUUUGGAAACAUUGGUUAAAAAAGUCCCUCUUGCAAUGAACAGCAUGGAUUGAUAUACAAAGUGGCACUAGAGUUCAGUUUGAUAUAGCUCGCUAGUUUUAAACCCUUAGAUUCUGACUUAUUAGAGCUCACCUAAUUACCAAGGUAAGUAGAGCGAGCUUUGGACUUAGUCAGUGCUAUCCAAUAUUUUACUCAUGAUAGGCAAAUAUUUAUGGGGUGAAUUCUAUGAAAAUGAUCUUCUACAAAGAAGUCAAUUGAGCCGUGGGCACAUCUGACCCAUUAGCUUCCAGCUGCAUGGAACUAUGCUAAAUGCUGAAAUCUCUGUUAGUUUAACUGUUGCCAUCGUGCUUUAUUUUGUCCUUGCUUAACAGCAAGUCAUGCUUGGUGCCUUUUAACCUUUCCUCGAUGGGACAGAUUUUACCGUUGGGAUCAGUAAUCCAGAACCGAUCAGAACCAGAGUUGUUUUUGUUUACAACCGGUAAGAGAAACCUUUUAACUGGAUUUGAAAGAGGACCACAAAGUCUGUGCAAGGGCCCCUGCAAUCGAAAACACUUGAUCAUUUUUAAUCACAAUUCUUGCCUUCAUUCUGACUUUCUGAACUGUGAAGCAGUUUCAUCCUGUAACCCUUUUAUGCAGCUGAGACAUUUAUGUAGGCUGAACAAAGGCCUAGAUUUUAAUCAAUAGCCGUUUUACUAAUUACUAAUGUAAAUGAUAAAAUAACAGAAUUGUAACUCUAUGCAGAGAUCAUAAUGUAUUGUAUUCACCUUCUAAAUUCCUAGUUCUUUUAUGCCUUUUAGAUGAAGCAGCCUAUGAAUUUCUUUACUUGAUCAACCUCGUUUUCCCCACCACAAGACAUAAAAUGAUGGAUAUUCAUUUUUUUUAACAUUCAUUUGGAGUAUUUGUUUUUGGGGCUGAGCUUUUCUGGUUUAGUAAUGUGAUCAUGAAUAUGUCUCUAUUACCUGUGAUGAACCCCACAACUUAGCUUUAUUAAAAUGUGUCUCCUUUCUCCACCAAAUAAUUAUAUAUUGUAUGUAUAAUUGUGUGUAGGGUGUGUGUAACUGUGCGUGUGAGCUCUAGGUUACUUUUCUUCUUUUUACGGAUAAUUAGGCUUAUUUGAACCCAGUCCGACUAAGCAAUAUAUAUGAAUAGCUUUAGCAUUAUAAUGUGGUUCAUUCAAUUUUGGGGUUUGCACAGUCUGAGAUGUUGGCUGAAUUGCUCUUGUAGUGUUUAAAGCAAAUCUGACUUUAUUAUGAAAGUUACCUUGAAGUGAGACUACCAUGUUCAACUCUCGUAGCCCAAAGGUUUCUCAGAGCCAGUCUCAGUGUAAUCUUGUAAAUUAGCCACUCUAAAUUGUCAUGCCUGAAUUGAAGCUUUGGUUCUGCAUGGUGACAUUCAAUGGCAUAACUGUUUGGCAACUCCUCUUUUUAAGCAAUUGCAUUUGGUUUGCAUAUGAAUGUACCCAUCUGCUUUUAUUUUUAAAUCCAAUUUAUACUUCUACUGCAUGCUCGUUUGCAUGCUAUGUAUAUGCAUAGUGUUCCCCUAUUUUAACUCCGUAAGCGGCAUAUUGAUUAACCUGUGAAAAUCAGUUCUUCACAAAAUUCUCCCAAACUCAGAUUACAGACGUGGUCGUUUUUGUAGAGAAUUUUGUUUCCCCUCACUUUGAUUUAGUAAAGGGGCUGAUUUAUCAAAGGUCGAAUGUUAGGUUUUUUUUUACCUCGAAUGACUUCGAUAUUCGAAUAGAAUCUAGUUUUUCUCUGAAAAAAAAUUUGAAUAUCAGGAAGGUUAUUAACAUCUUCAAAUGGGUCACUGGAGCUCUUUUCAGCAGGUUUUAAGUGGCAAAUCAUCAAAUUUCGAUUUGUUUCCAGGGUCCAGGUAUGAUAAAUCUCAAAUUCAGGUUUGGAUUAUUCCCAACUCAAAUUUGUGCGUUUUGACCAAAAAUCCAACUUGAAAAUUAAAAUUAGAAUUUACAAUUUGAACCUUGAUAAAUCUGCCCCUUAGUGUUAAAAUAGGGUUCAGGGCUGCUUCAAACCAAUAUAAAGAGCAGUCUGGUUAACUGUAUGUAAUAGCAAAGGACAUUCAAGCAUCAUUCAGCUUGGCACUGCAAUAUGUUGGUUAUGGAAUUCAUAGAGUAGAUCAUCUCAAAACGAAUUUCAUGUUGGUCACAUUGAAACCACUCUACCACUGUAACGUAAUUUUGAAGACAUGUACAAAUUCGAAACCUGUUCUGUAUUGUCUGUUUAGAUAAAGAUAUGAUGGACACUCCUGACUUCUGACUGAGAUGUUUUAGUCUGUUUGCACUUUUACAUUCUUGCACUGAUGUAUGGAUUGUGGUUUUAGCAUGGUGCUGGCCAUCAAGCCAUGAAAGGGCAUUAUGUAAAGAUAAAGUGCAAAGCAGUUACGUGUUGUCUUGGGUACUUCAACUGAUGUUCUGUAAUUAUCACCGGCUCCUUCUAUAAGCAUAUUGUGAAUUUGUAUCAUAAUGUAUUUAUUCUGUUUUUUUGUUUAUUUUUUAGAAUGUUUAAGAUGUUUUUUCUUUUAGCUAUGUAUAUAUUGCCAUAAAAUUUCACAUUAUACUACA